AUGCAGUCCAGCACCAAGAAAAGACCUCAAGUUGACCGGGGAAUCCGCUCUCGAAAGGACAAUGACAAGCUUGUCGCAGGUACCAAGUCCAAGGAGGAUGCUCGCGUCACAGAGAGCCAACAAUUGCGCCGCGCAGCAAAUGCAGUCGAUGCCUCCUUGACCGAAGACUCGUUCUUCACGCAAUUCAGGAACAGCCUCGACGCAGACAAGCGCGAGCUGCUAAGUAUUGUCCAGAAGAGACAGCAAGAUGCAAUCAAUGCGGACGCCGCUUUCCGCGGCAAACUCCGUGCCCCAGUCGCUGACGCUCUCUAUCCGCACGUUGCUGUUACUUCUGCACACGGCAACAAACCCCAGCUGACAGCCGGCAAGGCGACAGGAGCAGUGGCGGCAUCACCUGCCGCGGCCGCUUGUCCGGUGGCGGCGUCCGGCACGCGGAUCUUGCAGCUGUCGAAACAACUUCUUGCGUCCUACGACGAAGCGGUCAAGGCGGUCGACGUCGGGAGCGACAAGCUCAAAGAUGUUGGUGGUCGGCUUGGCGACGGCUGGCGGAAAGACGUCGAGGAACUGCGCGGCUUGCUAGGUGUCGGAUACAGGAAGGCGCAGGACGACAUAGUCAAGGUCUUGCAGGGCUCUGAUGGCGAUGACGGUAGCGAAGGCAGAGUCAAGAAGGAUGCGCAGCAGAUAGCCGCCAAGGGGGGAAAGACGGAUGUGUUUUUCGCAGCCGGGCAAGAGCAGGAGGAGAGGGUGCGGUUCAACGUGACGCAGUCGCUAUGCGAUGCGUCGCGGGGAGUGCUUAGAUUGAGCAGGAGCCUACCACCGGAGCUGCGCCUGGAGUAG